UCUUGAUCACUGAGUUUUUUGGUGCCCCACCCUUAAAUAUUGCACCCAAGUUGUGUUUUUCACUCGCCUCACCGUAACCUGAUUUCUGGUAAAACCAAGUCUUCGCCUGAAUUACUUCAGGGCUCCAUUCCCCAGAGUUGACCUUCUCUAGACAGGGCCCUGUUCGGGGAGGGGGUGUGGAUCCCAGACUCCCCACUCCUGCAUGGCUCACACAACUGUGGAACUGACCCAUUUUCUCAUCAGAAAUAUUGAAUCAUAAAGCUAUAACAACAGAGAUGGUUCCAUUGUGUGGUAAGCACAUGGUCACAUGCCUACAAACAUGUUUGGAGACAUCAGAUAUUCUCCACCCAGACUUAAUUACAUAUGACCCAGAAGCUACAAGUUCCCGAUUCCUACCCUGGUAUGCUCAUCUGAACUCAUGGCAUCAGAAUCCCUAGGCUCUCCAAGCACUGACAUGCCAAGAGUUUGGCCUUCCUGUUGCUAAGAAUGGGGUCAAGGGAGUUUCUAGUUCAGAAGCCCAGCCUCCAGGUUUAGGAGUCUGCCCGGUACCGUCCUUAGCGGAGCAGUUGACUGAAAGGCUUCGCAAGCAAUACUUUCUAUUGGAGAUGAACAUUGCUGAUUUUUGUUCUUUUCAAUAUUUUCCCCAGGGCUUCAGGAAAAGCAAAAAGGACCCGCCAUUCAAAUCCUUUUAACUACAACUAAGCACUUGCUGAUGUUGUUUUUGUGCAGGACAGAGAGGAACUGGAGACCAAGGGAUGAAGAAGAACAGCUCCCUAACAUCCCUUCCACCUUGCUAAAGGGGUCCACAAAGCCUGGCGUGCUGGCUCUUACCCUUUCCCCCUUGGAACUUUUACAGGAGAGAAAUCAAGUUACUGCAGUUAGUUCCGUAGUGAAAAAGAAGUCAGGGAAACCUCGCUGCCUAUUCCUGGGCACCCUUUCCAACCAUUUGUGAACCAGUGCACAAAAAAAACCCCUCUUCUUCCAAGGAAGUAAACAAGCGUUUAUCAAUAUCAAGACCCGUACUGGACACCCUGCAUCCACUCCUAACCCCUCCAAUCCAAGUUCCAAGCUCCAACCAAAGUGGCCUUCUGAAAACACAAAGUUGUCAUGAGGAUGAGAUGAGCUAGUAUUUGUAAAGUACUGACUGGCAUUACUGGCACAUAGUAGGUGCUACACCAUGUUUAGUAAAUAAAUGCAUAUAAUGCUGUUCCUCUCUGAGGAUCUACAGAAGUAAUGGCAACUUCUCCGCUGCCAGCCUCUCCCUUCUGCUUCCCCACUGCUCUCUCCCUUGCUAGACUUACUCCAGGCUUCAUUUCAAGUCCUCCUGAGUCAAGCUACCUCGCGGCCUUAGCACAUGCCCGUCUCUCGUCCUUAAACACUCUUCGCAGGCCCUCUCAUGUGAAAACUUCAGCUCCUUCAUAUCUCAUGAAUGUUACUUCUGCCUGCCCGGACCUCCCCGAGGGAGCUUAGGUUCCUCUAUUUUACUCUCUUACAGCCAUGUUUAUCACAAUUGUAACCACAACUAAAUGUUUUAGGCUUUUUAAUGUCUGCUUCCCUUACUAGGCUGUAAAUUUCCCCAGGGGAAAGGACUUACAGGUGUCUCCUGUUAACUUCCUGUCAAGAAGCUCCGACAAGGUGAGUCCCUAACGGACCAUUGUAGAAUGAAUGAAGAAAACCUCUUUUAUACUGUCUUAUUUAGGUAACAGGCCCAAGGCUGCACCCCUGAUUCAAGAUUUGAACUCACAACAUGCUGGUCUUGAAGCCCAAGGUCCGACUACCACACUGACUGUCCCCUCCUCUCCCUCAAAGCUGGAGCCAGAACAUACGUGGUCUGGGAGAUGAGUUUAAGGAGCUGCAGGUCUAUUUGAUGAGGGACACACGCUGCAAAGAACUCAGCGCCGUGCGCCCUGGCCUCCGGCCCAGGGGAAGGUGCAAUCAUCACGUGUACGCUGCAGGGCCAGCAGGCGCCGCACCCCAGGGCAGGAAUGCGGCCCCGCCCCGCUCCUUUGCCAGCAAAACCGCGCUCUCCCGGGGACUGACGUCAAUGAAGGGGCUCCUCCCGGCCAGACGCGAGGGUGGAGGGGGAGAAGGGAAGGAACCCGGGCGGACACUCCCCUCGCUGCUGCCCCGCCGCUGAUUGGGCCGGGGAAUCUUCGCACUCGGGUUUCGAGGCCUGCGGAGGGAAGGAGGCGGGGCCAGAACACGCCCCUCGCUCCUCUGCGGUCGCUGAUUGGCCUACGGAGUCUCCGCGUUCGCUUUUGGAAGGUUUUCUCUGGAGCUCACGCUAAGGAUCGGCUGAGGAUUGGCUGUUCCUGGGCUGUGGAGCGCUUUCUCUGGGGAACCACGGUUGUGACCGAGGUGGCCCGCCUCGGGCAGCCAGGUACGCAGGUCCGUGACCCGGCCCGCGCUGCGUUGGGAGCGGGCGGGAGGACGAGCCGUCAGAGCCCGGAUGCCGCCGGGACCCUAAACCCUAGAUCCAUCUAGGGCCGGUUGUGAGAAGCGCCACGUCUGAGCCCCGGGGGCUGACCUGUGCUGGGGAUGUUGCCGUGUGACCUCGGCCAGGAUUCCCGUCCCAAGCUGUCGUCCUGUGGGUGAACGCCGGCUGGUUCUUGUGAGCACCUUCGCGGCAGAAACCCAGAGCUGCGCCGGCCCUUUCGAAAGGCCAGGCAGGGGUUGGAGUGGGCGCAUCUUUGCUUGCCCCAUCCCGAUUUGAGGUCUGUCGGCGCUGCCCGUCAGUGUGAUUAUUACCACCACCAUGGUUAUCCGAAGGAGGGGAGCUGAGGAGCCAGUUGCCGCCUACCUCACACAAGUGUAUUCUGCCUCUCUUGGUUACUUGCACCUCCGAGACCAUGGUGGACAUGUGUGUCCGAACUGAGCUUCAUACAUUACAAAGAAUGCUCAGUUGUGCACAAUAUUAAUAUAUUGCAAAUGCAUUGCAUGAGCACCCGGGAUGGGCACCCCAGCCUCUGUGGUGAGUGAGCCACCCCCUUGGCAGGCCCCGACAGAGGCCCGGGGCCGCAAGCAGGCCUCGGCCAACAUCUUCCAGGACGCCGAGCUGCUGCAGAUCCAGGGCCUGUUUCAGCGCAGUGGGGACCAGCUGGCUGAGGAACGGGCGCAGAUCAUCUGGGAGUGUGCAGGGGACCACCGCGUGGCAGAGGCCUUGAGGAGGCUGCGCAGGAAGAGGCCGCCAAGGCAGAAACCCCUGGGCCACUCGCUGCACCACUGCAGCCGGCUCAGGUCACUGCCAGCCCAGGAACAGGGAGCCCCCAAAGAUAGAGCUGAACCACACGGCCUAACCAACCAGUACGUGUAUACUCUGGGCUCCAUUCCUCUGCUGCCUUCUCCGGGGCCCACAAUCAGAACAUCAGACCUGAACAGGCCUUCCGACAUCAUCAGAGCGCCAGAGCCCCGCACUCCACUCGUCGACCCACAGAGCAGUGCCACUGAGAUGGCUUCUGGCGAUCAGUAUCUGAACUCUAGGAGGACAAGUGCCAGGAUCCGCCGGAACUGGCGGAAGUCAGGCCCCACAAGCUACCUCCAUCAGAUCAGACACUGAUCCAGGGAAUGGGCUGGGAAUAGCAGAAUCUUCCCCAGGAAUCACAGGGACUUUUGCCAAAGAGGCGAAGAAGGAAGAGUGACUUGAGGCAGACAGCCCCACACGCUGCUACUGGCCUGCUCAAUUCAGAAAAGGACCGGAGGUGUCCACUGAGCUCUAGUUAUGUGGGACCCAUUCCUCACAAGGAGAAACAGCGACCGUCUCGCCUCGACCCUUCCCCACCUAACACUAUACCUGGGCUGCAUGAUAUUCCCCUGGGAGUCAAGUGAGCAUCACACCACUCCUGCUACUAACCCUCCUGCUACUACGACCCACGGCCCCGCAGCCUGUCCCACACCCCUGCCCCUGUCAAGCCACACAAGGAAAUUGUGGCUUAAGUGGCAAAAUAAAAAAAAAAAUUUGCAUCAAGAACUGUGUGAGUCCAUCACAGAAGGGGAGAAUCCCAAAAUGGAUGCUCUGGAGCCAGGCGGGUAAGAGUUUGGGCUCAUUUCAGGGAAGAGGUGUGUGUUCCCAGGAAGGAGAAAAUAGGGCUGGCCUCCUUUGCUUAUUCACUGCCACCCCCUAGGGCCCAGGCCAAAGCCUUUUCCAGAGGCUGUCAGAUGGGGAGAUGGGAGCAUCUCUGUGGGCAGUCCUGAGCCACAGGAACGGAGAGGGUUCUUGGCCCCUGGCCAUCUCUACAAGAGGGAAGGCUAUUAUGGUCAGCCCUACAGAGUGGGCAGUGAGCCUGCAGUCACAGUCGUGGGUGCCAGCUCCUCAGCUGGCUUCUUCGUUCCCAUGGGCCAACCAUCCAUAAGUGGGUCAACAGCUGGACCAAUCAUUCUUGAGCCUCCUGCAUUAUCUGGGGUUUCCAUAGCCUGAAAACCCCGAGGGGAGGAUUUUUUAUUACUAUUCUGACUUUGCCUCAAAAGAAACAUACCAUGUGCUCAUUCACAUUCAGCUCCCCUCCCACCCAUCCUAGUUGCUUGAUUAUCAUCCAUCACUAAAAGGAACCGGAGUUCAAAGUGCUCCAAGCGGGUGGUGAUGCACACAGAGCAGAGCUGCCCUCUCACAGCCAAGAGAAGCCGGUCCAUAUUCCUUAUCCCAAACCCUGGGGGCUAGAUGAUUGGAAUUCAGAAUUGUUUUGGCUUUCAGGAAGUAGUCAGCGCAGAUCCUGUAUAAUCCCUAGUGGGGGAACAUCUCAUAACAAAACAUUAAUAUUUCUGCAACAAAUAUUCACACUAAGAGGGAUAUAUAUGAUGGUUACGAAUAGCUUCAUAUCAGUGGGGGCUCGGGUCAGUUUUGAUGUCAAAUGUUUUCAUAAAAAU